UUGAACAUGAGCUUAAUUAAUCAGUCAGAUUAUUAUAAUGUCGAGAAACUGGUUCCAAAUUGUGUCAAUUCAGCAAAAGCCUGUGAGUCUGGAGGUGGGAAUACUACUUGUGUUUCUUCUUUUGAAGCCUGCGGGUCAAUAUUAGACGAAAUAUUGUCGAUUGCUGGUAACAUAAACUACUAUGAUAUUAGAAAGAAAUGCGAGGGGCCACUCUGCUACGAUUUAUCUGCAAUUGAGACAUUUCUGAAUGAGAAGUCAGUCAAGGAAGCACUUGGGGUCGGAAACAUAACCUUCGUUUCCUGCAGCACUGAUGUAUACGUUAGGAUGGAGGGAGACUGGAUGAAGAAUCUGGCAGUUGGAAUUCCUGAGCUGCUUGAGGACGGUAUCAGGGUUCUACUGUACGAAGGGGAGUAUGACCUCAUCUGCAACUGGCUUGGUGAGACCCUCUACAGGUUUUAUAUGCAUAUCAAAGAAGAGAAACAAUGUAAAAUUUUCUGUGUCUGUUCAGCUCAAGUGUUUCUAUGUGUCCAGGAAAUUACCGGUGGGUUAAUGCACUGAACUGGUCUGGCCAGAAGGACUUCUUAGCAGCUCCGAUAGUUCCUUUUGUAGUUGAUAGAAAGGAAGCAGGAAAGCUGAAGACUCAUGGACCCCUGUCUUUCCUCAAGGUAUUGAACUUUUAAUAUCAGUUCCUGUGUCUUAACAUUACCUUCAACGCAAAUUUUCUAAAGACUUGAUUGUUAUGUGGGAAAAACAUACAGGUCCAUAAUGCAGGCCACAUGGUUCCAAUGGAUCAGCCAAAAAAUUCCUUGCAGAUGCUGAAGCGAUGGAUUAAAGGGAAAUUGGCUGUGCAACGCUCCGAGAGGACUGCUCCUAAUCCCAAGUAAUGUUACUGAUGCACUCCGCAACACACAAAGACCAUCUGCCAAUCCCAGUAUUACCUCAUUGUAAACGCAAUUAUGAUUUUCUGCACACUCAAUAAUUCCUGUCUGUCUGC